AUGCUUGAAGAAGCCAAAUCCGAUGUGGAGCAAGAACCCAUUUUGUCAGACUACUACUACGCUUCCAUCACAUCUCAUCCAUCAUUAGAUUCUGCUUUAGCUCACGUCCUCUCCGUAAAGCUCUGUAGUUCGAACCUCCCGAGCAACACUCUCUUCGAACUCUUCAUCAGCGUUUUAGAGGAAAGCCCUGAGAUCAUCGAAUCGACGAAGCAAGAUCUGAUUGCAGUUAGAGAAAGAGACCCGGCUUGCAUCAGCUACGUUCACUGCUUCUUGGGUUUCAAAGGCUUCCUCGCUUGUCAAGCUCAUCGCAUAGCUCACGCGCUCUGGAAACAGAGGAGAAAAAUCGUUGCUUUAUUGGUCCAGAACAGAGUAUCCGAAGCUUUCGCCGUCGAUGUUCACCCCGGAGCCGAGAUCGGAAAAGGGAUUCUGUUAGACCACGCGACGGGCGUUGUGAUCGGAGAGACGGCGGUGGUUGGUGACAACGUUUCGAUUCUACACGGCGUGACGUUGGGCGGAACAGGGAAACAGAGCGGUGAUCGGCACCCGAAGAUCGGCGACGGAGUACUGAUCGGAGCUGGGACUUGUAUAUUGGGGAAUAUUACGAUCGGAGAGGGGGCUAAGAUAGGAUCAGGGUCGGUGGUGGUUAAGGACGUGCCGCCGCGUACGACGGCCGUUGGGAACCCGGCGAGACUGAUUGGUGGGAAAGAGAAUCCGAGAAAACUUGAUAAGGUACCUGGUUUGACCAUGGACCAGACAUCGCAUGUGUCUGAUUAUGUCAUCUAACCAAAGUGUGUUGUUGUAAUAGCUUCUGCUGUUUCUUCUUCUUAUUAGAAAGGUCAGUCGUGUGUAAUGUAAUUGAUGAAGAACCAAAUCACACUUCCGUCUUGGUAUGUUUUAUGCAAUUUGAUUUCGUCUCCCGGUUUAAUGUCUUGUUAACCGGUUGAGCAAUUUAGGGUUUUCAACUAAUCAAUCAAGAACAUUCAUAUUUAUUCUUCA